UUCUUGUUAUAAAAACUUCAUGGUUUUUGUAUUAGGUUUACCAUUAGAAUUGGAAGAGGAAUUCAGAGAGAAAAAAUGGCAGGUGAAUCGACUUUGUUCAAGUUCUUGAGCCCGGGACGCCGUUUCCAAUCCACGGACAUCCAAGCCGCCGCCGGCUGGGGUGUCGCCGCUGCAACAACUGCUCUGUGGGUCGUUCAGCCAUUCGACUGGAUCAAGAAAACGUUCUUCGACAAGCCACAAGAGGCAUAAAUUGUUAUUUGACUCGACCCAGCUUUUUGUUAAUAAGUAUCAGUUGAUUGCCGCAAAUGGGUAAACUGCAGAGUUCAUUGGAAUAACAUGUUUUGUAAUAGACUUUGUUUUUCAUUAAACUGAGUUGGAAUUUUAUCGUUUUCAAGUGUGGUUGAUGUUUUCUCUUAUCCCUAUUUGCUUCUAUUUUCUAGGACCUUUUCCUUUUCCCAUGCCUUAGAGACCACAGCUUCUGUCUACUUUAUAAAAACAAUUUUAAAAAUUUAAUAAAAUUUCCACAUUUUUUUAGGAAAAGAAUUUCGUUGAACAAUUAAGAAUUUAAAUUCCAUUUUUGCUGAGUAGAGACUAGUUUUUGAGAGAUGUAUUUAUUUUUUAAAAAACAGAAAUAAAUUCAAAUUUGUUUAAACAUAUCGAAUAGGUGAAUCAAGUAAUGGUUAAGUUUAAUUAUUUGCUAGAGUAUUGUCAUUAUAUGAUUGGCUAAGCUAAACUAGAUGCUGAUUUUUUUUUACUUUUAAAUUUAUCGAUGCUGAAUUCUUUAAUACAUUUCUCCACAUAAUUUUUUAAGCAUAUAUAAAAGAAAAAGGGCAUAUUUGUAAAGGUCAAAAAUGUAAUAAGUUCGAUGAUCUUGAUGCGAUAAAACUCGGUGCCUUGAAUUGGCGAGAGAUGAUCCGACAAACGACGUCGUUGCCGAAAACCCCAUCCUCUUCUCUCGCAGUCUAUGGAUAAAUGGGUAGAUCUUACCAUCAUCCUGUACGCCACGUUUUUGGGCUGUGGCCGUCGGAUCUAGCUCAUCUACUUCUUCCUCGAGGGUUAAUUUUUAUUUCUCUGCUGUCUCCGCCGUCUCUCUGCUGAAAAGGGGGUUUUUCCUGUAGCCGAUUGUGGUUGAGUUUCCCCUUUUCUGUUUUGGUUUUCUUUGAUUUACUGUGGGAUUGCGAGCGGUUUUCUGCUGGCGAUUCAGUUCUCUAUAAUAUAAAAAAAAUCCCAAGUUGGCAGUGAGUCGAUGGAGAAUGAGCUGGUGGAGUUAUUUGAAGCGGCGAAGAAGGCUGCAGACGCCGCUGCAGCACCAUCGAAUGAUGGGGGAGCCGAAGAAAGUCGUUGCCUAGAUGCCCUACGUCAGCUCAAGAAAUUUCCUGUUACUUAUCAAAUCCUUGUUUCCACUCAGGUCGGGAAGCGCCUUCGGCACCUCACUAAGCACCCCAAGAAGAAAAUACAGAACUAUGCUUCUGACCUGAUUGAGAUAUGGAAGGAAAUAGUAAUCAAGGAGACUAACAAGAAUAAGAAAAAUGGGAACAUCGACUGUAAAGAGUCGCCUAAAAUUGGUUCUCCCAGUGCAGAGUCCGUUAAGGUGGAGAAGUUUAGAAAAUCAUCUUCCAUGAAGGUUGAGAGAGUUUCCCGGGUCGAGCAAUUCAAUGGAAAUGGUGUCACAAGCUCUGCAAAAUUUUCCAGAUCGGAAAGCGACAUCUCGGAGAAAAACUCUGUUAAGGUUGAGAAAACUGAUUCAGUGGUCAAGGUUGAAAGGAUAGUUAAAGAGGAGAAGAGAAUCUCAAUAGAAAAGAAACCAUCAUCAAGUGGCACUGAUGCACCUCCAAAGCUUACUUCCAUGAUUAAAUCAAAAGAUGCUGCUAGAGACAAAAUAAGAGAACUUCUCUUUGAGGCUUUCUCCAAAGUUCCUAGUGAGGCUGAUGAAGAUGUUAUGGAUGAAGUAAAUGCAAGUGAUCCGAUUCGGGUUGCUGUUUCGGUAGAAUCCGUGAUGUUUGAAAAUUGGGGAGGUUCUACUGGCUCACAGAAGACCAAGUACAGAUCUAUAAUGUUUAACCUCAAGGAUCCGAAGAACCCAGACUUUCGAAGAAAAGUUCUUCUUGGACUUGUAAAGCCAGAUAGGCUGAUCAAUAUGAGCACAGCUGAUAUGGCAAGCGACCAGAGAAAACGUGAAAAUGAAGAGAUUGAACAGAAAGCCUUAUUCGAUUGUGAGCGUGCAGGAGCUCCAAAAGCUACUACCGAUCAAUUCAAGUGUGGUCGAUGCGGUCAGCGAAAAACAACCUACUACCAAUUGCAGACGCGGAGUGCUGAUGAACCUAUGACCACCUUUGUAACUUGUGUAAACUGCAAUAACCAUUGGAAGUUCUGUUGAGUCUCUUCAGCUGACGAAAAUGUUAUUGUUUGGAACAAUUUACCGAGCAGCUAGAGUUGUUUUGCCUCGACACUGGUUGCUACAGUCUGUAAUCCCGCUCCACGUCGUUACAUUUACGUAGAGGGUUCUCUACUAUAGGAUUUCCAAGUGCUAAUUUACUGAGAAAUCCAUUGUAUUAACUUGUUUUAUUUGUUAUUUCCUUUGGUAUUUGCUAAUUUACUGAGAAUCAAUCGGUUUCUAGUCUUCA